AUGGGGCCCCCGGGCAAUAGGGGAUCAUGGGGCCCCUGUGUCCUUGCCCAAACUCAAAAAAGACUAUGAAAAAAGGUACCAGGGGCAUCUCAUGGGGCUCCCUAAUGACCCCGGGCCCUCGGGCAUGCAUUUUUGCACUUCAACAUCCAAAAAAUUCAAUGUCUAAAAAAGUUGGGGUACAAUCAGGGGCGGACUGACAACUCAUGGGGCCCCCGGGCAAUAGGGGAUCAUGGGGCCCCUGUGUCCUUGCCCAAACUCAAAAAAGCCUAUGAAAAAGGUACCAGGGGCAUCUCAUGGGGACCCCACUGACCCUAGGCCCUCGGGCAGUGCCCGAGUUUCCAAAUGAUCAGUCCGCCCCUGGGUACAAUAACCUCAGCAUUGGUGCAAGUGAGAACCAUUCC